GUGAGGCGGCGGCAGUGGAGGCUGCAGCGUCCCCGUUAACGGACGUCUUCUCUGCGAGUCUUCUCCUCCCACGGCUUCUUCGCCCCUGCCGGUGUGAUCUGAUCAAGUCAUGGACCUGCGACAGUUUCUCAUGUGCCUAUCCCUAUGUACAGUCUGUGCCUUGAGCAAGCCCACAGAAAAAAAGGAAAGAGUACAUCAUGAGCCUCAGCUCAGUGACAAGCCUCAUGAUGAUGCUCAGAAUUUUGACUAUGACCAUGAUGCAUUCCUGGGUGCAGAAGAGGCAAAGACCUUUGAUCAGCUGACACCGGAGGAGAGCAAGGAGCGGCUUGGAGUGAUUGUAGAUAAAAUAGACCUGGAUAAAGAUGGGUUUGUGACCGAGGGGGAGCUGAAAUCCUGGCUUAAGCACACCCAGAAGAAAUACAUGUCUGACAAUGUUGAACGCCAAUGGCAGGAGUUUGACAUGAACCAAGACGGCUUAAUCUCCUGGGAUGAGUACAGAAACGUGACCUAUGGCACUUACUUGGAUGAUCCAGACCCUGAUGAUGGGUUUAACUAUAAACAGAUGAUGAUGAGAGAUGAGCGGAGAUUUAAAACAGCUGACAAGGAUGGAGACCUCAUUGCUACUAAGGAAGAGUUCACAGCUUUCCUUCAUCCUGAAGAGUAUGACUACAUGAAAGAUAUAGUUGUUCAGGAAACAAUGGAGGACAUAGAUAAGAAUGCUGAUGGUUUGAUUGAUCUGGAAGAAUACAUUGGUGACAUGUAUAGCCAUGAUGGAAAUGCUGAUGAGCCAGAGUGGGUGAAGACAGAGCGUGAGCAGUUUGUGGAAUUCCGAGAUAAAAACCAUGAUGGGAAAAUGGAUAAAGAGGAAACCAAAGACUGGAUCCUUCCUUCUGACUAUGAUCAUGCAGAAGCUGAGGCCAGGCACCUGGUUUAUGAAUCAGACCAGAACAAGGACGGCAAACUUACCAAGGAGGAGAUCGUUGACAAGUACGAUUUGUUUGUGGGCAGCCAAGCCACAGAUUUUGGCGAGGCUUUAGUACGACAUGAUGAAUUCUGAAUUGUUGACAGAUAAAACCCAUUUUUCUUCAAAAGUAAUUUAUUUUUUACAGCUUCUGGUUUCACAUGAGAAUCGUUUUCGCUACUGAGACUGUUAUUACAAACUUUAAAGCAGUGAAAAAACACGACAGCAAAACAUAUCCCGUCCCCUUUCCUCCUCCCAAAGGGACUGGAGGAACAUUCUGUGCUUCUGACAAAAAACUGUAAUUAUGACACUUGUGUUUUUUAGAUUUACACUUUGUUUUAUGUAUAA